UCUUCCUAGGCUGGAGAGGAAAAGACGUGACGCCAGCGGUUGCUCCAGCCUCUGUGGUUGCUUCUCUGCCUCGAGAGCUGAGAGUUAAUCUGUUAGUUAUAAUUUGUUAGUUUUCUUCAUAACGGGGGAGGAUUGUUGCCAUCAGGGUAAAAAAAAUAGGAAAGAAUACAGCUGUUAAUCUCAACACUGCCUGGAUUCACCCUGUAGUUUUGAGUUUAUAUAUUUUAAGUGCUUCUAUGUCUAGUAACAGCAGGUUGCUUUCAGAUUUACUACACCUAUUUGUGCUGUAGUCUAUUGUUUUCUAAUAGUUUUGUUUUUUCCUGCACAGAGGAUGUUGCUAUCUGUGUUUUUCUUCCUGUAGUUAGUAGAGUAGGUUGUGUUUGAGAUUCAGAAUACAUUUUCUACUUUUUCUACUGACCGCAGAGGACGCUGGCUUUGUGGUUUAUUUUUCCCUCUGGAUGUGACACUUUGAGCCAUGCCGCUGCUCCUUCUGCUGCUGCUCCGCCUGCAGACUUCACUGCAAGAACAGGCUGCAACUUCUCCUCCUGGUCGGUGUGAUAUCUCACAGAGGCAGGACUUGUACACCUCCUGCACUUCCUUGGCCGCCUGCAGCACCAGCAGCUGCCCCCACGGCUUCAGCAGCGUGGGCAAGACUAACUGCAGUUACGUGGUGCAGAUCGGCGGCAGGGAGAUGGAGCUGGAGGGAUGUCGGCACCUCUGCGUGAAGGCCUACAUGGAGCCACUAUGCUGCCCACAGUACUGGGGACCUCUUUGUCUCCCCUGUCCCAGCUGGUCGCAGAAGACCUGUAACUUCCAUGGAACCUGUCAGGAUACAGGCGUUGGUAACGGGACCUGCGUCUGUGAAGAUGGCUUCUCCGGCUUUGCCUGUCAGGAGUGUAAGAAAGAAAACUACUAUGGAGACAUGUGUGAUAAAGCAUGUGACUGUGAGCACGGAGUGUGUAAUAAAGGUCCAGAGGGUGAUGGACAGUGUUUUUGUCAGCCGCCGUACUCCGGGAAACGCUGUGACCAAGUGAGUACCCGCUGCAGUAACUGCAGCCCGUACUCGUACUGUAAAGGAACAGGAGACACCGCCGCCUGUGAAUGUUUGCCCGGAUACAGGAAGUCGCCACAGGGAAAAUGUGCAAGUGUUUGCUCAGCGAGGGACUGUGACGUGAACGCCCAGUGCUCCUCACAGGGGGCAAAGGUCAGCUGUGUCUGUAAGGCCGGCUACGAGGGCGACGGCAGGAUCUGCGUACCCAAAAACCCCUGCUCCGAGAACAACGGAGGGUGUCCCGUCAACUCCACCAUCUGUGUCUUCAAAGGACCCAACAAGUCCAGCUGCGAGUGUAUGUCCGGCAUGACUCCUGUAGCUGGCAGCGCUGAGUUUGGUUGUCAUCUGGUUUCUGCCUGCUCAGCGGACACCUGCGACCCCACAGCCGUCUGUCGGACCGAACUGGACGGACACCCCAGGUGUGUGUGCGAUGCGGGCCAGAUUGGUGACGGCCACCGUUGCUACGGUAACCUGAUGGAGCGACUGAUAGAGCUGGACAGGAGCGGGAGCCAGAGAGAAAAUCUGACCGGAGCCGUCGCCUUGUUCGAGAAAGGCUGUUCACUGCUGCUGAGUCACAACGGACCCUUCACAGCUUUCAUCCCUCUGCUGAAAACACCUCUGACUGGUGUCAACGAGGAGCUGGUGUGUAAAAACCACCUGAUCCUGGGUCAGCACCUCUACAAGAGCCUGGAGGGACGAGACUUCAACCUGUACGGAGGAGCCACGUUGAGGAGCAAAGACAACAAGAGAUUCAUCCUGAUGGACGACCCCAGCAGACAGUACCAGAUCAUCCAGGAAGACCUGCCAGCAGCCAACGGCAUCAUCCACAUCAUCGACCGGCCGAUCACAAACACGCUUUCUGACAGGCCUUCACGUGACGAACAGUUUGCCGAUAAGACGAUCGGUGAGAUUCUGACUAAGGAUGGAAAAUACAACCGCUUCCUGUCUCUGGUUGAUAACUCUGGCUCGCCUCCCCCCCUGCGGGGUCCGGGACCCCUGACUGUGUUCGUCCCCACCAACGAGGCUGUGGACCGAGCCAGAGACGGCAGCAUCCUGUACAUGCUGAAUGACGCCAAAUAUAAACUUCAGGAACUUCUCAGACACCACGUUUUCUCCCAGGCGGUGCUGACAGUCGACGAGUUGGCUACUGUCCGUCAGAUUAGGACGUUGGCCAAUCAGGUUGUCACCAUCAGUGUGUCUGACUCUGGUGAGAUCCUGUUGGGCGAGAAAGGCAUCCAUCUAACAACCACUAACAUUAUGGCGUCCAACGGGAUCAUCCACAUGAUCGACGGCCUUCUGUAUCCGCCCUCCAUCCUUCCCAUCCUGCCUCACCGCUGUGAUGUCACUGAGAGCAAGAUCACCAUGGGUCCAUGUGUUCACUGCAGUUACCUCUAUGAGACUGACUGUCCAGAAGGCACCACUGAACUGAACUCUCAUCAGACCGGCUGUGAAUACGUCACGUCUCCUCUCAGGCCAACACUCAGUAGAGGCUGUGCCAAAUUCUGCAACGCCACCAGACAGAUAGCAGAGUGCUGUAAAGGUUUCUACGGUCCGGACUGUAAACCCUGUAUUGGAGGUUUCCAGCAUCCCUGCUAUGACAAAGGAACGUGCUUUGACGGUAUCCAUGGCAACGGCUCGUGCAGCUGUCAGUCAGGCUUCAAGGGUGUCGCCUGCCACAUCUGCUCGGAUCCAUCCAAGCACGGAGACAAGUGUGACGAAGAUUGCCGCUGUCUCCACGGUGUGUGUGAUAACCGUCCAGGCAGCCGUGGUGUGUGUCGGAGAGGUUCCUGUAUUGAGGGUUACUCCGGAGAAAACUGUGACAGGACGGCCACGCCGUGCAACUCUGACGGGCUGCAGGAACACUGUCACAUCCACGCAUACUGCACACACACAGGACUGAAUACUAAAUGUGUGUGUAGGGAUGGAUAUGAUGGUGACGGUCACUCCUGUUCCCCCAUCAACCCCUGCCUGAAGAGCAACCGAGGAGACUGCGACACCAACGCACAGUGUGUGUAUGCAGGUCCAGGUAACGCGUCGUGUGUGUGUUCUGAGGGUUGGACAGGUGACGGCAGGGUGUGUGUGGAGAUCAAUAACUGUCAGCUGCAGAGUCGAGGAGGCUGCAGCCCCAACGCCGACUGUAACCACAGGGGACCUGGACAGAGUGAGUGUGUGUGUAAAACAGGUUACGCCGGGGACGGCAUCGUGUGUGACCUCCUUAACCCCUGUCUCUUCAAGAAUGGAGGCUGCCAUGGCCUGGCAAAGUGUGAGCAGAAGGAGGGCGAGACUCACACCUGUACCUGUCCUGAUGGCUACGCCGGAGACGGACACAUCUGCUAUGGAACAUUACUGGACGAGCUGGACAUGAACCCAGAGCUGUAUCUUUUCCACCGACUGACUGAGAAGUACAGUCACCUCUCCUUGGACCUGAGUGGGAACUUCACACUGUUGGUGCCGACAUCAAAAGCUAUGAGGAAUGUGACUUCAGAUCGGUUCUGGAUCAGCCGACACAACCUGCCUCACUUCCUGCGGGCUCACAUCCUGCCGGGGGUCUACUCUGUGGAAGAUCUUGACAAGCUGGUGGGUAGCAAGCAGCCCACCCUGAACCCGCCCACGUUUUGGGAGAUCAGCAACAGCAGCGGGGUGAUCUCCGUCGGAAACGCCUCCAUCAUCAAGCACAACCUGCCUGCAAUCAACGGCUACAUCCACGUCAUAGACAAGUUACUGACCCCAUCCCGUUCAGAACUCCCUCCGAUGCCGCCCACGCUGAUGGCCUUCCUGAACUCCUCUACCAACUUCACCCUCUUUAAACAGUAUGCUCUGAUGUACAACCUGACAAAGGAGCUGAAUCAGGCUGAUUUCACCCUCCUGCUGCCAACAGAUGAAGCCAUCAGGCAGCACCUCAGCAGGACUAACUCCUCCGUCCUGGACUCUGACGUGCUUAAGUACCACGUGAUUCUCAGAGAGCUGCUCUUCCCUGACCACCUGUCUGACGGCAAGUUGAAAAGCACGAUGCUGGGCGAAGACUACCAGGUCCAGUUCCAUAUAGAUAACAAAAACCAGACAGUUGUGAACGGGGUUCCUCUUGACGGCACUUUCACUGAGACCGAGUACGGCAUCAUCAUGGUCCUCCCUCAGGUCCUCAAAAUCCAACGCAACAGAUGCAGCAAACACGUCACCGUGCAGGUCAACGGAAGGUGUGCGGACUGUGACGGACCACCUCGAUGCCUUUUCGACUACAAACCAAUCAAAGCACAGUUUCCGGCCAACAUGCGUUCAAACUGUAGAUACAGGAAGCGAGUCGGAUCCAGGAGGAAGUUAGUGCCAGGCUGUGUCAUCAAAUGUCUCCGGGUACUCACGGAUAAUUCCUGUUGCCCCGGUUACUACGGCCACGAGUGCUUCAAAUGCCCUGGAGACGUUGGCAGCUGGUGCUCCAAUCAUGGGCAGUGUCAGGACGGUAACGAAGGCAACGGGGAGUGUCGUUGCUUCGAGGGUUUCCAUGGCACCGCGUGUGAGGACUGUGAGCCGGGACGAUACGGAGUCAACUGCUCCUCCAAGUGUGUGUGUGACCAUGGGAAGUGUGAGGACGGUCUGGCAGGAAGUGGCAAGUGUGUGUGUUAUAAAGGUUGGAAAGGAGCUUCCUGUUCUGUAGAGAUUAAGGACGACGCCUGUGGAGGUGUGUGUGACGAGAACGCCAACUGUAUCACAGGACCAAAGGGUACGGCCCCGGCCUGUGUGUGUGUGGCUGGAUAUGAAGGCAAUGGAACUUACUGCAAAGAGCUGGAUUUGUGCAGCAGGUCUAACGGUGGAUGUUCAGAGUUUGCUGUGUGCACAAAGGUCUCAGCUGGAGAGAGAACCUGUACCUGUAAAGCGGGUUACACUGGAGACGGAGUCGUCUGCCUGGAGAUCGACGGUUGUCUGGUCAACAACGGAGGCUGCCACAAGUCAGCAGACUGCAUCAGAAUAGGCGCAAACAUUACGGGCUGCAGGUGUCAAACGGGCUUUCAAGGAUCAGGAUUGUUCUGUUAUCCCGUCAACCCCUGCAGAAAUAACAAUGGCGGCUGCAGUCGGUAUGCUCGCUGUGAGUACAUGGGUCAGGGUCAAAGGAACUGCACCUGCCUCAGGGGUCACGUGGGCGAUGGCUUCAGUUGUCGGGGAACCACCAACAAUGAAGUGUUCAGAAAUCCAGAGAACGCCUUCUUUACUCGGAUGUUAUCCGCGUCAGAUUCUCGUAAUCUCUAUGGCGACGGACCGUUCACGGUCUUCGUCCCUGCAGAGGAAACCAACAACGACAGCUCUUACGGGGAAUGGAGAAGCGCCGGUCGUCUUUCUGAUCUGGUUCGUUACCACGUCGUUUCUUGUGAGAUUUUGACCUUGAGUGACCUCAAAACCACCAAGCUCGCUGUCGCAACGUCAGGACACACACUGCACUUCAGCCUGAAGGAGGGUUCGGUCUGGGUCAACAACAGAUCGAGGAUUGUGAGGAGCGAUUACACCACGACUAACGGAGUCAUCCACCAUGUUGACAAGCUGUUGACGCCCUACAAGCUGCAGGACAAACCGGUCGUCGAGCCCAACGUGAUGAAUCUCACAUCAGCAGCUGUGUUUUAUGGCUACAACCGCUUCUACAAACUCAUAGAGGAUGCAGGGUUAAUCCCUGUGCUCAAGGAGUCCAUCCACCAGCCGUUCACCAUGUUCUGGCCCACGGACCAGGCCCUCAGCUCCUUGCCAGCUGAAAGACAGCGCUGGCUCUCCAGCCCUGACCACCAAGACCAGCUGGCUGCCAUCGUGAAGGCUCACAUCAUACGCAACUCCAAGAUUCUGAGUAUCAGUCAACCACAUGCAUUUUCGUCGUUCCGCACCAUGCAUGGAUCAACCAUCAAGUACAGCUGUGAUAAGAACGUGGUGGGUGCUGUAUUGAUUAAUACUAACGCAGCCAGGGUCGAGGAGCGCUUCCUGGCCUUCAAAGAGGGCAUAGCCUAUGGCAUCGACCAGUUACUGGAGCCACCUGGCCUGGGAGCGCAUUGCGACACCUUGGAGAACAAAACCACUUACGGACGCUGUGGAACAUGCUACAACCCUCCAUCUUGCCCCUUUAGACACCAAAACACGGGAAAGACAGAGUCUUGUUUGAACUAUCGCUCCAGACACGGGAUGGGGUACUCUUGGUAUCAUGACCUGGACGAUCCUUUCAGCCGGAGGGGCUGUAAGAAAGUUUGCGUGUUUGCAUCCUGGGUGCAAAAGUGCUGCAAAAACCACUACAGCCGAGACUGUCAAGUUUGUCCAGGCGGCUUGGAGUCUCCUUGUAGUAACCAUGGUAACUGCGACGAUGGUCUCACCGGUUCAGGAAGAUGUAGGUGCUACGAUGGCUUCAAAGGAAGAGCCUGCGAACUGUGUCUCAGCGGCCAUUACGGACCCAACUGCACAGCUUGCAGCUGCGGGAGGCAGGGAAGGUGUGACGAGGGCAUCGAGGGGUCUGGGCAGUGUACCUGUAAUCCAGGCUGGGCAGGUGAUCAGUGCCAGAAGGAAAUAGGCUCAAUCCCAGAGGAGUGUCAGCAGUGUCACACUCAGGCCGACUGCGUGCCCGGUGUUGGUUGUCAGUGUAAACCUGGAUUUCAGGGGAACGGCACCGAUUGCAGUCCAGAGCCACCUCCAGACCUCUGCUUGGAGUAUAACGGCGGCUGUCACCAGAACGCAGACUGUAACCAGACAGGACUGCUCGUCAACUGCACCUGUCAAAGUGGUUACCAAGGCGACGGCUUCUCCUGCGAUCCCAUCAACAGGUGUAUUGAAGAACAGAAUGGGGGCUGCAGCGACCUCGCCACCUGCAAAUUCACUGGUCCAAACGUGCGCCGGUGCGAGUGCCUGACGGGGUACGUGGGUAAUGGAGUCCAGUGUCUGGAGAGGCUGGUGUCCCCUGUUGACCGCUGCUUGGAAGCGAAUGGAGGCUGCGACCCUGUUGCCGCCUGCACGGACCGGCAUUUCUUCGACAAGACAGCUGGAGUGUUCCACCUCCGCUCUCCCGAGGGGAAGUACAAGAUGAACUUCAGUCAGGCCGACGCCGCCUGCCAGGCCGAGGGCGCCACGUUGGUCAAUUUUAAACAACUGGGAGACGCACAGCAGAUGGGGAUGCAUCUGUGCGUGGCCGGCUGGAUGGAGGGCGGGAAGGUGGGAUACCCAAUCCGCUUCCCUUCGGUCAGGUGUGGAGACAACCACGUGGGCCUGGUUAUGUACAAAGAGCCUGUAGAUCAGAGCAGCAAGUACGACGCCUACUGCUACAGGCUCAAAGAUGUUUCAUGUGUGUGCCCCGCUGGUUACAUCGGAAACGGAGAUUUCUGUAACGGCGUCCUGACCAAUGUCCUCGCAACGUACAGUAACUUCUCCAUCUUUUACAAGUUCUUGUUGGACUACAGCGGCUCGUCCUCGGAGGGCGAACAGCUCGUCGAGUUUCUGUCUCACAGGACGUCUGGGGUCACGCUGUUUGUUCCCCAUAACUCCGGCUUCACCCAAAAUAAGACUCUCUCUGGUAGAGAUCUUGAGUAUCACAUCUCAGCCAAUCACAGCAUACGAUCAUUUAAGGAUCUGAAACACCAGGAGGUCAUCAUAUCCAGGCUUGGAUUCAACCUGACUGUGACGCACGGCAAAAAUGAGAGCUUAAAGCUGGUGAAUAAGAGGCAGCUGGUGGACUGGGACAUUCCUGCUGUUAACGGGAUCAUCCAUGUCAUCGAGGCCCCGCUGACAGCACCCCCCGCACCAAUUUCCCAUCACGCUUCCCGAAGUCACGCCCACUCGAGUGGCACAGUGUCGGCCGUCUUGGUGUCCAUGCUGUUGGUGUGUGUGUUGGCCGCGCUCGGCUACUACGUCUUCAAACACAAGACCGACGCCUUCCGCUUCCAGUACUUCAGAAAUGAGGAUGAGGACGGUGCAACGAGCGGGAGCAAGAAGCCCACGCUGGUCUCCAUCCCCAACCCUCUGUACAGCGGCUCCAGAGCGUUCACCGAGCCGUUUGGGUUACCACUAAAGACUUCCCUAGAAGCCGUCGAUCCUCCAUGAAACUAAAGGUGAAGAGACAAAAUUCAGACCAAACUUCAGCAGAAGACACCUUUCUCCAACCUUUCCAGUCUUUUAACACUCUGAUGGGAUGAUUCUGGGAAUAGACAUAAAUAUUCACUUAUUUGGACAGCCCUCCACAUACUUGG